AGGACAUCGUGUUCGGUGGCUCACAUGCCGCGCGCACAUGCAGCGGAGCUUUACCAGCAUUCCAAUGUCGAGUGAGUCUAACUGUCUCGCCUCCACUCUAGCUCUCCACCAAUGAAAACGUGAGAACGAAUAAAGAAAGGUGGAGUAAAAGAGGUGGAUGAGAUAUUCUAAUAGAGCGUGACAUAGGCAUACAGAGAGAAAAAGAGAGAGAGAGAAAAAAGAGAGAGAGACAGUGUAAUCCCUAACAUACAAAACCUACGACAGAGAUUGAAAGGAACAAAAAAAACGGGGGUCAAAAAAAACUGGUCACAUUUCUCAGACACCUGAAAACGUGCUGGUUAGUGUGGGCGAAGUGGAUUGCCUAUUAAUGGAUGGGUGUGCUUAAACUACUCCCACACUUAUGUCUUUGGAGAUGUUGAUGGUGACUACACUGGCACUAGAGCUGAAUGCUUGGAAUUUAUUUUCAAAGAACGUUUAGUUCAGCCUACUGUACAUCACACGACCUACGGACACCAAGCGAAUCAGGCUACGGGCAACAAAGGCACUGAACCUGUUCGCAAUUACGCACAUUGAAGACGAUUUGUAACUAUUUCGCCAAACCGAAACCUGUUUAGGUUUUGCUCAACUUUAAAUCAGUUUUGAUAUCUUUCACACUUGACGGGUUUGAAGGACCUGCGCACAGUCUCAUUGCUUUUGUCAUUGGGAUUGGCUACCAACUCUAUGCUUUCUUGGCGGUUCAUGACUGUAUAACCUAUAUCAACGAAACUCCUCAUUGACGCAGAGACAAACCAACAUUAAAUCAUUUGAAUAUCGUUUAUAAAUCAACCAAACACCGGAAAACAUGGAAAACAGCCCUGGUGGUGUGAUACUGUAUGCUGGCUCAUCUGGUAGUGCCAGCCCCAGCCCUGGCAGCCCCUCCAGCGGGUACCAGACCCAGUCCCCCCGGUCCUCCCAUUCCCAAUCGUCAUCUCCUGAGCCUGUCUCCUUCCCCGAGAUCGGCCCUCUGAAGAGAGAAAGAGGGGAGAACAGGGGAGGACCUUCACCCAAACUAGUCUUCCAGUUCCCUGAAGCCAAUGCCUCUACAACCACUACAUCCUCUGGCAAUACCUACGCCCACCCUAUGUUGGCCAAGAGGCCCUGCGGAUUCACUGGCACCUUCACCAAGACAGGAGGCAUGGUGCUCCUGUGUAAGGUGUGUGGGGACAUUGCGUCUGGCUUCCAUUACGGCGUUCACGCCUGUGAAGGCUGCAAGGGUUUCUUCCGCCGCAGCAUCCAGCAGAACAUCCACUACAAGAUGUGUGUGAAGAAUGAAAGCUGCCUGAUCAUGCGCAUGAACCGCAACCGGUGCCAGCACUGCCGUUUCAAGAAGUGUCUCUCCGUGGGCAUGUCCAGAGAUGCUGUGCGUUUUGGGCGUAUCCCCAAGCGUGAGAAGCAGAGGCUAUUGGACGAGAUGCAGAGCUACAUGAACAGCCUCAAUGAAUCAGCAUCCAUGGAGAUUGACUCCUCACCUUCUUCCUCUGAGGCCCCAGCCAGUCCAGAAUCUGGAGAUUCCAUUUCCUCUGCCUACCACAACAUCUUCGCCCAAGAGGAUGUGAAGCCAGUAAUCAAGAUGGCCGUCAACAUCAACAACAACAAUGUCCGUAACAAUCCAGCACAUGAGUCUGGCUACUCUCACCCGGCACACCAAACCCACUCCCAUUCCAACCCCUCUCAGGGGUACCAGUCACACCCCACACAAAGCUACCAGACCCCCUCGCGCUGCCCACGCAACAACAAUGUUGACAACGCCCAGUAUACCUACCAACCAUCAUCCAAUCAGAGUCAAUGCCCAUUGUCCAAUGGUAGCCAGCCAGCUCAGACCUUCCAAGCCAAUCAAAACAGCUUUCCAGCUGGCAAGUCUCAAAACCAGACUACCUGCCCCUGGAAGUUGAAUGGAGGUGCCAAAGUUCUGGCGUGUCCCUUGAACGCAUGUCCCGUGGCCCCCCGUGACCGUUCCAGCCAGCAGAUAUGGGAGGCCUUCUCCCAGUGCUUCACCCCAGCCGUCAAGGAGGUGGUGGAGUUUGCCAAGAGCAUCCCAGGGUUCCAGAGUCUCAGCCAGCAUGACCAGGUCAUGCUGCUUAAGGCUGGCACCUUCCAGGUGCUGAUGGUCAGAUUCUGCUCGCUGUUCGACCCCAAGGAGAAGACGGUGACCUUCCUGAACGGCCAAACAUACCCCCUGAUGUCCCUGCGGGCGCUGGGUAUGGGCACUCUGCUGGACGCCAUGUUUGAGUUUAGUGAGAAGCUGGGAGCUCUAGGUCUAGAGCCCGAUGAGAUGGCCCUCUUCAUGGCUGUGGUGCUAGUGUCUGCUGACCGUUCAGGUAUGGCUGACGUUGUUGCAGUGGAGCAGCUUCAGGAGAGUCUGAUCAAAGCCCUGCGCUCGCUCAUCACCCGCCGUCGCCCUGACGACAGCACCCUCUUCCCCAAGCUGCUGCUGCGCCUGCCCGACCUGCGCACCCUCAACAACCUGCACUCUGACAAACUGCUGGCCUUCAGCAUCGACCUCUAAGGGCCUGGAGAAACCACAGCCCACAGGGACACCCACUGACUACCGGACCCCCGAAAGGGGCAGUCCUCUUGGGAAACACCCUCAUGAUCCCUUCACUCCAGCCAUAAGCCACCAGCCAGUCACCAUCAGGCUCUCUUCAAUGAGCUGUGUUUGCUGGAGCUGGAACUGGGACAGAAGCAGGGUUGGACAAGGUGAAUGAGUGGACUGAGAGGCAUCUCAAAGGAAGAUGGAGGAAAAGAGGAGGGUGGAGACUCUUGAACUAUGACCUCAUGAACAAUACUCAGAGCUGGUAAAACCUCUAAAAGACUCAUAGACUUAUAGUCUGCUGAACAAGUCGGUGUGCUGUGAGUUAAAUGGCAAAGCACCAUCUUAGACCAACUCAGCUCCCAAAGUUGAGGGACGAGGGUCUAAAAAUCCUCCAUUACCCAUAACUCCCGGUGACAGUGAUUGAAGACCAAAAUUCUGUUCCAUUCCUCCUCUCUGAUUCCACGCUUCACUAUGUCCUUCUGUCUGCAACAGACAGACAGGGGCAAACCAGCAAGAAGGAAGGACACCCUCUUCACGUGAGAAAGGGAAAUACACACAAACUAUAUCUUUUCUUCCUACACAUUCACCCUACACAGGCUGUUCAAUGAAUAACAAAGCACUUUCCAUACAUCAACACACAUCUGAAAUCAACCCAUAUAAUAGAGCAAUAGCAAUGUAUAAAACACACUAUUAGAUCCCUAACUGACUGUGUUAUACACUGUUAUAAUGACCUAAGCUAUUUUCAAAAUCACGUCAUCUAUCUUUUUGGAAAUCAAAUAUUUGGGAUUUGAUGAGAAAAUUGAUUAUUUCCAUUUGUAAGAAUUGAGAGUAGGAUGGAUUGUAUUUGUAUGCUGUAAUCAGGGAGAUACUAUUUGGACAUUUUAGACCAUAUUUGUCGGGUUAUGUUUUAAGGUAUUCUAUUGUUGUACAUAUUAGAUAUAAUAUUUGUGACUGGUUCCUACUCCAUUUGUUUGAGUUGAUUGCUGUAUGAUGUUAGCACCAUUGAAGACAAAGCAACGGUGCCAUGUUCAAGAGGUGCCCGAUUGUUUGGGUGAUGCAAGGUGUGCAUCUACUGUAUGUGUCCAUUGGUCUUCCCUGGAGCAUUACAAACCCCACCCCUCAUUCUUACCGCAACAAGAGAGCAACCGAUGGAACCAUGUGCACAAACCAUGUAAAAAAGUGUUUGAUUUGAACCUAUAUUAUUGAAAUAUAACUAUUGUUAAUUGAUCCAUGCAUCACCUCGUGUAUAUUUUGUAAAUGUUUCAUGUUUAAACUUCUUCCAUAGAGAACCAAUAUUAAAUGACAUUAUAUACUGUA